GACGCAAAUGUACUUUUAGAAUCUAAACCGAAAUGUAUUAUUCCAUAGGAAGUUGAUAGGUUUGUCCCUCAUCCUCAUGCACCCUUGAGCGACUAUCUGCAACCCACUUACCCAAUUUCACCCCCGUCUUACUCGGGCGAGCACUGCGGCUGAGGCAUGGGGGUUGAAACUUCGUACUACUUAGUCACAUGCUUGGCGAUGAUGCUUUGCGUGCAGAGUAAGCAGUGCAGGUUUAUUGAUAAGAACAACUGCACAGAACUCCUCUUCCUUCUAUUACUCGGAAACAGCUCCAGUUGAUAUUCCGCUGUCAUCUUACCGACUAGAAACCAGUUACUCGACCUCAAGAUGACUAGCCGCCACGUCUUCACCCAGCGACUGAAGUCGGGGGUCCUAUUCUCAGCCCCGGGUAACAUGCUAGCCAUGCCCGAGGGAGGCUGGGGCGACGAUACACCCAUGAACCGAUCAAGAAAGCCCAAGAAAAAAGUCAAGAACCGUGGCCUGGAUCAGUUUUCUCACUGGGUAGCCAAGGUGACACCUUUUGACGAACCAUAUGAUGAUAUCGGCUCUUUCACGCCGGACAAGGAUACCCGCAAUUCUGAAUACAGACCCUACUCAAUACCACCGUAUCCCGAGCCUCCAGUAAGAUCUGAGGAAGCUGAGAUACCUGAGGUGACACUAUGUCUACCGAUGCUCAGUGUUUCUUUGACGGCGACUUUGGACGGCACAGUCGCUCAUACAGAGCUGGUGCAGAAGUUCCACAAUCCUUCCGAUAAAAUAAUCAAUGCUGCAAAGCACGUUUUCCCUCUAUACGAUGGCGCUGUUAUCACAUCCUUCGAAUGCACAAUCGGUGAUGAGCGCCGUGUCAGAGGCGUAGUCAAACCCAAGGCGCAAUCACGAAAGGAAUUUGAAGAGGCAGUCCGCGACCGAGUGGCAGCUCCCGCUCUGCUGGAAGAACAUACUCCUGAGAUCUUUGAGACGUCUCUUGGAAACAUUCCCGCCAAUACCACGGUGGAGAUCAACAUCACGUACGUCCAAGAGCUGAAGGUGGUCAUGAUGGAGACGGAAGCAACCGAGGGCAUAGCUCUCACCAUUCCGAUGUCUAUCGCUCCGAGAUACAGCAAGUCACCAAUCGAGUGGGAGCCUGCAUCGAGAGUACCAGAGGGGAAGCUUGACAUAUGGAUCAAGGUCAUGGAUAAUGGAAAAGUCAACCAUGAAGGUUGUGACGAGGAGUCAGGCUACCUCCUCCAGUUUGAGGGCUCCAAGCCUGUCGAAUACUCCAACAUGCUGGAAAAGGAUGCAUCAACUAGAACCUACUAUGUCUGGCACCAUGAGUCAGAGCCCCCCGUUCUGAGAAAAGACUUUGUGUUUGUCAUUCAGAUGAAUGAAGGCCACCAAAUCAAGUCAGGAGCCAUCGCUUGUGCCGCAGAUGACAAGGGCCUCGCUGCUAUGAGAGUAAACAUCCGACCUAACGAUCUUUUCCGCAACGCCAUUAUUCCCCAAUCAUUCACUGGAGAGAUUUUGUUUCUUCUUGAUCAAUCUGGAUCUAUGGGAUGGUCAAACGGUUCACCUGGCUAUGGCAGACGGCUUACCGGAGGACGAAAGAUUGAUGUUAUGCGGGAAGCAAUGCUUCUAGCUCUUUCAGGCAUACCGUCGACAUGCAUCUUUAACAUUAUCUCAUGGGGUUCAGCGACAGUAGGGCUCUGGGGAAACUCCCAACCUCACACGCAGGAGAAUAUCAGAGAGGCCAAGAGCUACGUGUCUCAGAUGGAGGCUAAUAUGGGUGGAACAGAUCUCCUUCGGGCGCUGGAAGCAGUGGUGAAGCGGCGGGUUCAAGAGCGAGAAUCCACACAGAUCAUCAUCCUCACAGACGGCGAGUUGGAACCCGAAGAUUCGAUCCAGUUCAUCUGGAAGAAACGCCAGCUGUUCGGGGAUAAAGUUCGGUUCUUUGCUCUGGGCAUUGGAGAUGAAGUUUCCCAUCGUCUGGUCGAGAGUAUUGCGGAGUGUGGUGGCGGCUACAGUGAUGUAGUUCAUACUACGCAGACGCCGAGAUGGCAUGAUCGACUGAACCGCCUGCUGAAGUCGGCUCUGGAACCGAACAGCUGGAGUUGCGACAUCGAUCUCGGUAGUGGUUUUGAAAGGAAGAACUUGGUUGAUUACAACCUUGCGCAGGAUAAUGCUGCCGAUGGUAGCAAUAUACCUUACAUCCAAGCCCCAUUUCCGAUCUCACCUCUCCAUCCUUUCAGCUUCGCGUCUAUUUCCUUCCUGAUCGACCUUCGUCAUGGGGGAGCCAUCCCCAAAACUGUCACCAUAAACACAACAACUCUCGGGGCAAAAAGGAAAACUUACGAACUGCCCAUCGAGAUAUCAUCAGGCAGCAACGGCACAAUCCAUCGAUUAGUGGCCAAGUCAGUCCUGCUGGAUCUUCAGGACGAGAUGAAGCGUGGAACAUCCGAAACAAACGUCGCAAAAGCAAACGCAGAGAACAUUGGCACGACAUAUUCCAUCACCAGCAAGUGGACAAGCUUCGUAGCUGUAUCAGAGAAUCAACCUACGCAGACCGUUGAGGAGCAAAAGAUGAAUCACUACAAGGCUCUCUUUGACGAGAUAGACAUCGAAGAGCUUCUCAAUGCCGCCGAUGAUGAUGAAAGUACAACUUCUGGUUCGUUGAGCAGUAUUGGCUAUGGUACCCGUCAGAGCCCCCGAAUGAAUACCAUGGGCCCACCUCAAGUGUUGGGCAUUAUGAGAUCUUCGGAAAGUUUUGAAUAUGGCCGACAUCUAGAGUCUGCGAACCGAAUUCCAAUACCAGCUCCCAUGCCGUUGCAUUAUGCGCCACCACCAGCACCGGUAAUGAGCUCACGACCCUUCACUCAUGGUCAGUCAGCUCCCAGUCAGAGGGCAGAUUCUUCUUUCGAAGAGGAAGAAGUAUUAGACCAUACGCUAGCGGAUACUGCAGACGGAAGUCCUCAAUAUAGAGUAUCGCACUUAACACCAUCUACGGCACAGGACUCCCCAAUUCACGAACUUAUGGAUGAUGCUCCAGCCGAUGCAGCUAAGCCAGCCGGCGUUGAGGCCUACGCUCAAGCAGUCGCUAGGAAACGAGCUUCUAAAUCUUCGUACCCUUUGCCCUUCAGGCCGAUGGGUAAUCGCAGACCUCGACUGCCAAAGGAUUGCGCUUAUGAUGGAAACUCAGAUGACGAUACAGCUCAAGAUUCUCCGCCUCGGAAUGCUGCCCAAAGUGCUUCGUCACCCAGAACCCCCAGUAGAGAUCAAGACGGCCAAGUCUUCGAGCCGGUGCCACUUCCCAAUCCUAUUGUCGCUUCUAAGCGACUUACUAAAAGCAUCCAUCGAGUCAUGAAAUCUGUCGAAGGAGAGGUUGCGGAUGAGCCCACGGUUCAACCCCGCGCCGAUCGUGGUUUCAUUGAGCGUGGUUCAUCAGUGUCGGGUAACGCUGGACCUUGGUGUUCAUACCACGAUUCAGAUCACGAUGAAAGAAGUCAGAGCAGUGUUGAUUCGCCAUCACCUCCACCAACAGUCUAUGGCCCCCUGGACUGGCAGUUCGCGAUGGAGUGUCAAGACGGUCAGGGUUUCUUUGACCUUUCUGGUAAAACACAAUAUCUACACUUGCACUUUUGUCCAGAAACCGCCAAGAAGUUCGGUCCUAAGAUUUCCGAACUUCUGCAUAACUCCACGGCCCUAGAACAAGAGAGGGAUGAUAUAUCUGCCAGGGUACUUGACACGUUGAUGAUGAUCGAGUGUUACAAAACGCACCGGGCGCAGGAGGAAGAUACCUGGGAUCUGAUGAUGGAGAGGGCGUGGGACGCCGUAAUAUCGGUUCUUGGACUUUCCGACGAUGAAGAAGAAAUGGAAGAAUUGGAAGAAUUGGUGGGUCACUUGAGGGGAGCAAUGAUGCAUGCACAUUAUAUUGCUGCAACUGGAGUUACGGAUUCGGAGAAGGAUGGUGAUACUGUGAAUACUGUGAGAUGCCCGGCCUGUAAUGUGGUAUGGCGAACAACGAAGCGGUUCUGGUGUCCUUUUGAUCACGACUACGACAACGAGGCUGAUGAGAUUCUGAACUGGGAUGAUUUUUGGAAACAUCAGGUAGGUCGGGGACAUGUCGUUUGUAUUCAGACAGUUAUGUACUAGCAGCGAGGAAGGGCAGUACGGGGAGAUGUAUAGAUUACUUUCCAUAUUAUCUUUUUUAUUUGAGGCCUUCUUCAUUCUUA